AUGGAAACUUCCAAACAACUUGCUGGGGGGGACGGAGAGAAGGGGGUUGACAGCGAGCCUCAAACGGACCAAAACUCCAUCGAAUCGGCUGAUGUGCAGGAAUGGAGCCACAAGGAGGAGCUCAAGGCCAGGAGAAAGGUCGACUCAACCGUCCUGCCCCUGCUCUUCCUGGGCCUCCUCGUCUUCCAGCUCGACCGCAUGAACCUUGCCAGUGCUCUGACCGAUGGCUUCGCCGUCGAUAUUGCCGUCACACAAGAGACCAUCAACCUCGGAAACCAACUCAUGUUCAUGGGUAUCGUCGUCCUCGAGAUUCCUUCCAACAUGCUCCUCCAGAAGCUGGGCCCUCGCCGCUGGAUUUCCGCCCAGGUCUUCAUCUUUGGCCUCGUCGCCACGAUGCAGUUCCUCCUCGUCAACCGCACCGGCUUCCUCGUCGCCCGCCUCAUCCUCGGAUUCUCUGAAGCCGGCUACAUUCCCGGCGCCGUCUACACCCUCUCCAUGUGGUAUCCGAAGCGCGAGCUCGCCAAGCGCGUCGCCAUCUUCUUUUUUGGCAUGUUCGGCGGCAACGCCCUGAGCCCUGUGCUCGCCUCGGGCAUCCUUCAGCUCGGCGGCAGGGCUGGUCUCGAAGGCUGGCAGUGGCUCUUUAUUCUCGAAGGUCUUUUCACAAUCUGCGUCUCCGGCCUCCUCUUCCUCACGCUGCCAGGCUCCCCCGACGAGCCGCGCCCGCUGCUGUCGCCGGGCCUGAUCCGCUUCACGCCGCACGAGCAGCGCAUUCUGCGCGCGCGCAUCGAGCACGACGACGCGCACCGCAAAGGGGGCGCCCAAGGGCUCGCCAUCCCCUGGCGCCUCGUCUGGCGCACCGUCUCGCACUGGCGCCGCUGGCCGCACUACGUCUCGACCUUUGCCGUCUUCUCGACCUGGUCGCCCCUGACGACCUACACGCCCUCCAUCAUCAUGGCCCUCGGCUUUGGCCGCAUCGAGGCCAACGCCCUCGCUGCCGUCGGCGCCUCGCUCGCCCUCGUCGUCGUCUUUGCUUUCGCCUACCUCAGCGACCGCACCGGCCAGCGCGGCCUGUCCGUCAUCACGGCCCACGUGUGCUACCUUGUCGCCCUCGUCGUCGCGCGGACGGUGCACCCCCAUGUAGGCAAGUGGUCGAGGUGGGGGCUCUGGACGGCCGUCAACAGCUUCGCCGUCGGCUACCAUCCCGUCCACAACUCGUGGGUGCAGCUCAACUGCCGAGAGCCGGGCGAGAGGAGCAUUGCCAUUGCCUACAGCACCGGCCUGCGGACCAUGAUCGUCAUGGUGUCGGUGGGCAUGGUCUUUGCCAUCAUCCAGGACGUCGUCUACGUUGUGCAUAACCGCCGCGUGCGGUCGGGGAAGCACAAGACGAAGGAUGGCUCGGAGCCGUACAUCUAUGUUCCUUGA